CCGUGUGCAUGGAGUCGGCGUGAGGCUCUUUCCUCAUGUUUUCUCGUAUUCCUCACAUUUAGAGGGUUUUGUUUUCUGAGUUGGAGCCUGUAAAUCCGCCAGGAUGGUGAAGGAGCAGUUCAGGGAGACGGAUGUGGCUAAAAAGAUAAGCCACAUCUGUUUCGGUAUGAAAUCGGCAGAGCAGAUGCGUCAGCAGGCUCAUAUCCAGGUGGUCAGUAAGAACCUGUACAGCCAGGACACCAGCCACACACCUCUGGCCUACGGAGUGCUGGACCACCGCAUGGGCACCAGCGAGAAGGACCGGCCCUGUGAGACCUGCGGGAAGAACUUGGCCGACUGUCUCGGUCACUAUGGUUACCUGGACCUGGAGCUGCCCUGCUUCCAUAUCGGCUACUUCAAAGCCACCAUUGGCAUCCUGCAGAUGGUCUGUAAGACGUGUUCUCGGAUUAUGCUGAGUAAGGAGGAGCGGCAGCAGUUUCUGGAUUAUCUGCGCCGACCUGGACUCGCCUACCUGCAGAAGCGCGGCCUCAAGAAGAAAAUCUCUGACAAGUGCAGGAAGAGAACCGUCUGCUUAUACUGCAGCGCCUUCAACGGUCCGGUAAAGAAGUGCGGCUUGCUGAAGAUCAUCCAUGAAAAGUAUAAAACCACUAAAAAGGUUGUGGACCCCAUCGUCUCCGAAUUCCUGCAGUCCUUCGACAUCGCCGUCGAGCACAACAAGGAGGUGGAGUCUCUGCUGAGCAGAGCACAGGAGAACCUGAACCCACUGGUGGUUCUGAAUCUUUUCCGGAGGAUUCCUAACGAGGAUGUUCCUCUGCUCCUGAUGAACCCUGAGGCAGGUAAACCUGCUGACCUCAUUCUGACCCGCCUCCUCGUCCCGCCCCUCUGCAUCCGCCCCUCUGUGGUCAGCGACCUCAAAUCAGGCACCAAUGAAGACGACCUCACCAUGAAGCUCACGGAGAUCAUCUUCCUCAACGACGUCAUUAAAAAGCACCGUAUGUCCGGGGCUAAGACUCAGAUGAUUAUGGAGGACUGGGAUUUCCUCCAGCUGCAGUGCGCCCUCUACAUCAACAGCGAGCUGUCCGGCAUCCCCCUCAACAUGGCCCCCAAGAAGUGGACGCGAGGCUUCGUACAGAGGCUGAAGGGGAAACAAGGUCGUUUCCGUGGUAACCUGUCCGGAAAGAGAGUAGAUUUCUCCGGACGAACGGUCAUCUCGCCUGACCCAAACCUGAGGAUCGAUGAGGUGGCUGUACCCGUUCAUGUGGCCAAAAUCCUCACCUACCCAGAGAAGGUGAACAAAGCCAACAUCGAGCUGAUGAGGAAGCUGGUGAAGAACGGUCCAGAUGUUCAUCCUGGAGCUAACUUCAUCCAGCAGAGGCACAUGCAGAUGAAGAGGUUUCUGAAGUACGGUAACCGAGAGAAGAUGGCUCAGGAGCUGAAACUGGGCGACAUGGUGGAGAGGCACAUGAUCGACGGAGACAUUGUGCUGUUCAACAGGCAACCUUCACUGCACAAGCUCAGCAUCAUGGCACACAUUGCUCGCGUCAAGCCCCACAGAACGUUCCGCUUUAACGAGUGUGUGUGCACGCCGUAUAACGCUGACUUCGACGGAGAUGAAAUGAAUCUUCACCUGCCACAGACGGAGGAGGCCAAGGCUGAGGCGCUCGUCCUCAUGGGGACGAAGGCUAACCUGGUGACCCCGAGGAACGGAGAGCCUCUGAUCGCUGCUAUUCAGGAUUUUCUCACAGGUGCGUAUCUGCUCACUCUGAAGGACACGUUCUUCGACAGAGCCAAAGCCUGCCAGAUCAUCGCCUCCAUUCUGGUGGGCAAAGAUGAGAAAGUCAAAGUCUGUCUCCCUCACCCAGCUAUUAUCAAGCCCAUGUGUCUGUGGACAGGAAAACAGAUUUUCAGUCUGAUCCUGAAGCCCAGCAAGAGCUGUCCAGUUAAAGCCAACCUGAGGACCAAGGGAAAACAGUACUGUGGGAAAGGAGAGGACCUGUGUCCUAAUGACUCCUUUGUGGUGAUACAGAACAGUGAGCUGCUGUGUGGCAGUAUGGAUAAAGGAACUCUGGGUUCUGGAUCUAAGAAUAAUAUUUUCUACAUCCUGCUGAGGGACUGGGGGCAGCUGGAGGCCGCCAACGCCAUGAGCCGCCUCGCCAGACUCGCACCUGUGUACCUGUCUAAUCGUGGUUUUUCCAUUGGUAUUGGUGAUGUAACUCCUGGUCAGGGCCUCCUGAAGGCCAAGCAGGAGCUGCUGGACGCCGGCUAUAAGAAAUGUGAUGAAUACAUUGAGGCUCUAAACACAGGAAAACUACAGCAACAGCCAGGCUGCACUGCUGAGGAGACACUAGAGGCGCUGAUCCUGAAGGAGCUGUCGGUGAUCAGAGACCACGCUGGCAGCGCCUGUUUGCGGGAGCUGGAUAAGAGUAACAGCCCACUCAUCAUGGCCCUCUGCGGAUCUAAAGGUUCCUUCAUUAAUAUUUCUCAGAUGAUCGCGUGUGUGGGUCAGCAGGCCAUCAGCGGUUCUCGUGUUCCGGACGGUUUUGAGAACCGCUCGCUGCCGCACUUCGAGAAGCACUCUAAGCUUCCUGCUGCUAAAGGUUUUGUAGCAGACAGUUUUUAUUCCGGUUUGACUCCCACUGAGUUUUUCUUCCACACUAUGGCCGGCAGAGAGGGGCUGGUGGACACAGCCGUCAAAACGGCAGAGACCGGAUACAUGCAGAGGCGUCUGGUGAAGUCUCUGGAGGAUCUGUGCUCUCAGUAUGACCUCACCGUCCGCAGCUCCACUGGAGACAUCAUCCAGUUCAUCUACGGAGGAGACGGCCUCGACCCCGCAGCCAUGGAGGGCAAAGAUGAGCCACUGGAGUUCAAGAGGGUGUUGGACAACAUCAGAGCCGUCUACACGUGUCCUACGGAACCUGCUCUGAGCAAGAAUGAGUUGGUGCUGACGGCAGACUCCAUCAUGAAGAGGAGUGACUUUGCAUGCUGCAGGGACACCUUUCUCCAGGAGAUUAAAAAGUUCAUCAGUGGAGUCUCGGAGAAAAUCAAGAAGACCAGAGAUAAAUACGGCAUAAACGAUAACGGGUCGACAGAGCCUAAAGUUCUGUACCAGCUGGACAGGAUCACUCCAACUCAGCUGGAGAAGUUUCUGGAAACCUGCAGGGACAAAUACAUGAGGGCCCAGAUGGAGCCGGGCUCGGCCGUUGGCGCUCUGUGUGCUCAGAGUAUCGGAGAGCCAGGCACUCAGAUGACCCUGAAGACGUUCCACUUCGCUGGUGUCGCCUCCAUGAACAUCACCCUGGGGGUCCCCCGUAUUAAGGAGAUCAUCAAUGCAUCCAAAAACAUCAGUACUCCUAUUAUCACCGCUCACCUGGAUACGGAGGAUGAUGCUGAUUUUGCUCGGCUGGUGAAGGGAAGGAUCGAGAAGACGCUGCUGGGAGAGAUUUCGGAGUAUAUAGACGAAGUGUUUUUGCCUGAUGACUGUUUCAUUCUGGUGAAGCUUUCCCUGGAGAGGAUCCGCCUUCUCAGACUGGAGGUCAACGCAGAGACAGUGCGUUAUUCUAUCUGUAUGUCGAAGCUGAGGGUGAAGCCGGGUGAUAUAGCUGUUCAUGGCGAAGCGGUGGUCUGCGUGUCUCCCAGAGAGAACAGUAAAAGCUCCAUGUACUACGUUCUUCAAUGGCUCAAACAGGAGCUGCCCAAGGUGGUUGUUCAGGGCAUUCCUGAGGUCGCUCGUGCUGUGAUCCACAUUGAUGAACAGAGCGGCCGACAGAAGUUUAAACUGCUGGUGGAGGGGGACAACCUGCGCGCUGUCAUGGCAACACACGGUGUCAACGGCAACCGAACGACAUCCAACAACACAUAUGAGGUGGAGAAAACGUUAGGCAUCGAGGCUGCACGGAUGACCAUCAUUAAUGAGAUCCAGUACACCAUGGUCAAUCACGGCAUGAGCAUCGACCGCCGACAUGUCAUGCUGCUGGCCGACCUCAUGUCCUAUAAGGGGGAGAUCCUAGGUAUCACCCGAUUCGGCCUGGCUAAGAUGAAGGAGAGCGUUCUGAUGCUGGCGUCGUUUGAGAAGACGGCGGAUCAUCUGUUCGAUGCGGCCUAUUUCGGACAGAAAGACUCUGUGUGUGGUGUAUCUGAGUGUAUUAUAAUGGGCAUUCCUAUGAACAUUGGCACUGGGCUGUUUAAACUCUUACACAGAGCAGAUAAAGACCCUGCGCCCCCCCGGAGACCCCUGCUCUUCGACAGCGCUGACUUCCACAUCCCGCUGGCCUUGUAGCCUGCAGUGCUUUAGCCUUGCUGUUGUUUUUUUUUGGGCUGUUUGUUGUUUGAGUUCUGCUGUGUGAGUUUACAGUCAGAUCAGGUAGGAGUGUGUAAGAUAUCCGUACACAUUGUACGUUUUUGUUUUUUUUCCACGCAGUUUAGCUGCAUUGUUGCUGUUCCAAAACCUUUCAGAAGGUUCAAUCUAGAGUUCUUCAUGGUGUCAGCAGAGCUUUGGUUCUGUUUGGUUCUCGUUUUCAACUCAUGUCUGUGUUCCUGAAAUAUCGGUGAUGCUUUUACUAAAAGGCAUUUAUAAAUGUGUUUAUAAACCUUUAUAAAGGCUUAUUCCAGCAAGCGUCAGUUCUCAUAAGGCUUUAAGUGUAAUGCUCAUUAAAUUUACCUUAAGCAACCCUUACGACCAGUGACGCUUGCUGGAAUAAGCCUUUAUUAAUGUUUAUGUAGAUUUAUGUCAGUCAUGAAAGGCUUAUGUAGGAGUCACACAUCCUUACGAACGCUGGCCAUCAGUUACCAGUAUACUGACCCGGUCAUGUUUUCUUCAUGGGUGGCUGGUGGACUCGACUGAUCUCAAACCUGGAGAGGUUUAAUUUAAUUUAAUAACAUUUAUUGAAUAGUUACGUUCUGAUUGCCUUAAACUACAUGCUUAAGAAUACGGAUGCUAAAUGGGUUCUUUGGACCAAUGCCACAGAACCACUUCUGGCUCCCUGAAGAACCUUUCGGUGGAUGAGAUGAGCAACAUUUUUGAAGUUUGAAGAACCAUCCUCAUACCUCAAAGGGUUCUUUGACUCAUACCAGUAGUGGAACCCUAUUUUGGUCCUAUAUAGAGCCAUUUUAUCUAUCUUUUAUCUGU